AUGAUGACUCACCAAAAUAGCUAGCUAAAAAAUAAGAUUGACGUUGUCUUGUCGCACGCGCACAGGUUGCCGACUUCGUCUGUUGAAAUGCAGCUUCUCUCUGGUCGGUAGACUGCUAAAGUUUUUGCACGUGUGGCAGCUUGUUCUAAUGCAGCUUCUCUCUCUCUCUGUGCAGCGCCGCUCUACUCGUGAUGUCUGCUCUCUAUAAUGCAGCUUCUGCAAGGAUGACUGUUGAUAAUACGUCUUUCGACCUCUUCAAUAAUAAAUUCAAAAAAUUCUACUGAUGGUGGUUAUUGCUGUUUUCGCCUCGGCUAUCUGGAAAGGAAUGAACUGCAGAGUGAAUUUUCAGCUUGAACACAGCUCAAUUUCCACCACCAUCAGCCAGAUUUAACGAGAUUGAAACAAAAGCUGUACUCUCAGACCUCUCUCAAAACAAGGAUAAUGCCAUAUCUAUUUUAUUCUGUCUGACGUAUAGGCAAGACUCUUGGGAUAGCAGGAUAGGAGCCAAAUACGGUUUGGUACUAGCCUUGAUUUUUUCUGAUGACCUUUUUGAAGGUUUUGAAAGUUGAAUCCCACCACAGCUAAGUCUGUGUGUGGAGGUGGGGAAAAAUACUGUAAUUUUUCAGUAUAUAAGCUGUGAAAAAUUCAAACAGAAUCAUCCAGUCUGAUCAAUCAGCUAACAACACUUCCGAAUCAACUCAUCUAUAAGAAGAAGAAGAAGAUGUCGUCCUUUGUCAACGCUCCCACCUCAGCUACAGCUCAAGCUACAAGACCAACAACAGCUGUAGGCAACAGCACUCAAGCUAGAACAUAUGCUGUCGUCUGUGGAGGGGGGCUUACAGCCCCAACAUAUAGCCAGCCAGCCGUGAUGGCAGCAGCUAGCUGGAACCCGUACUCUAUGUGGGGGCCACCCCCACCGUGGUACACUUCUGCCUACCCUGGGCUUGGACAGCAGCAGGCUCCAUUGCAAGCUCCCCCGCCUCCAUCAGCAGAGCUGUUGGCAGCUGCUACCACCCCCAUAGGCGCCGCCGAAACCACCCCCGCCGAAACCAGUCCCGCCAUCCCCGCCACCCCCGCCGAAACCAGUCCCGCCAUCCCCGCCGCCCCCGCCGAAACCAUCCCCAUAGUCGCCGCCGAAGCUGAUUCAUCUGACGAUGUGAAGAUUGUAGAGGAAAGCGGAGAUGAUUUCAUCGAAGCUACUCCUCCGACUCGUGAGUUGGUGAAACGAUCACCUUCGUGGACGAAAGUGGAGAAAAAGAAGAAGAAGAUGUCUGUGAAGCUGUUCUCUUCUUCUGAGUCGGAGGGGGACUCCUCGGCAGUACCGCUUCUAGCUGCUACAAGACCGACAACAGCUCAAGCUACAUCAAGACCAACAACAGCUCAGGGCGGCAGGCAAGGCAGAGGAUCGGCACCGUCUAACUCAUGCGCGCCUUCACCAACAAGCUCCUCAAAAUUGUUCAAUAUCAACCGUUUCAACUUUGUGAAUGAAACUACCCGAGUGUCAGAGCUAUUAGACAAUUUUGAGUAUCGUGUGGUGAGGGCGCGCAUCGCAAGAACCAGGUUUGGAAACAACCCGAUGCUUCACGUCAUAAAUGAGAAUGGAAAUGAGAUUAACUUCUUCCUACCUAAACAAUAUGCAGAUAUGGUUACAGAAGAGAAUCUGGAAAGUUUCAAUUCGAGCAGGUUUGUACUGACGGUCUCCCAUCGAUUCUACACAAGAAUCGUGCGGGGACAAGAAGUACAAGCCUGCUCGACAACCAUGAAAUUACGUCAGAUAGAUCGAUGAUUUCAGUCUGCAUAUUGUUUAGGUAAGAAGAAGUUAAUCUCAUUUCCAUUCUCAAGUUUUAAUACCGUUCUCAAGUUUUAAUAAUUAUUUUGUUCAAAUAAUAAAUGCAAAUAAAAUGUUAUUGAAUAUA